AUGUACAAAGGGAAAAGAAAGUACAUUGAAAUUUGGCAGAAAGUUGAAAUUGCUGAAUUUUACAUUCAACACCAAAAUGAGAUGAGCAUGAGAGAUGUUGCUGCAAAGUUUCAUGUCAACUCCUUUAGCUCGAUUUCCGAAUGGGUGAAUAAGCUUGAUGAGUUGAAGAAAUCAGUAAAAUCUGAUAAGAAAUUAAAAUUAGAAAGCUUCACUCAAUUUCCAGAGCUAGAGAAAGAACUAGUUCAUUGGUUUACUGCAAUCCGUGAGCAAGGUAUUCAGGUUCUCAGAUCAACGAUUGAGGAGAAAGCAAAAAGUUUGGCGGCAGAAAUGGGAUUGGCGCGAUUCGGCUGUGGAGAUAAAUGGUGGCAAGGAUUUAGGACCAGAAAUAAUUUAUCUUUCAGAAAAAUCAAUGCCUCAAGCAUUAAGCCAAUCGAAAAAGAGGCAGAACUUGUCAGGCAAUACCUAGAUGAUUUUAGCGUCAUUGCUUCCUCAAUUCGUUCCAUCUAA